AUGCCCACUCUCAUUCUCGAUACCACCGACCCCCAACGUAAGGACAACCAGACCAAGAAAAAGGUACGGCAGCCCAUCAAACACACGAAAACAUUCUCGGGUUGUUGGACUUGUCGUGAGAGGCACGUCAAGUGUGACGAAGGUAAGCCGACAUGCAAUCGAUGUCAGAAGGCCGGCGUUGAAUGCCAAGGGUAUGGCAUAAAGUUGGUAUGGAGCGAUCCAAACACCAAGGAGCGAGAGCAAAAUAUCAGACGUGCCAUUGGGAUGCCAUCUAUCUAUGAUAGUGGCUCGACUUUCAUGAGUAUUGAUGUGGAAGAAACCUUGGAUUCGUUGGAUCGAGUCUCGAUCGCCGAGGCAGAUGAUGCCUUUAUCGCAUUGUCCUUGGGACCAUUUUCCGUUUUCAAUAUUAAUCCCCGCGAUUCUUGUACGUCAGCGACAGAAUGCGACAAUUCAAUUGACCCCAAAUGUGUGGAAAAGCCUGUUUCAUUGGAUUUCAUGACGUUUGAAAUUUCAGACGAAAGCACCGAACUCAUCGAAGAAGAACUCGAGGAUGAUAUGGAGGAAGUCAUCUCCAGCACGCUUGUUGAAUCACGAAUAUCAGCACCACCCCUCAAGACCACUACAGUUUCAAGAGGCUCAAAUAUGUCCAACAUGGUUCGUAACAUGGUGAGGAAUUCAACUCACAAUAGGAUACAAAUCUCGCGUCACUUGGACCUACUACCUCGACGACAGGAUCAGCGAGAGUUGAUCCAUCACUGGACAAAUUUUGUCUGCUGGCAUCUAUUACCAGUCGACUUGCCAUCAAAUCCUUUCAGGUCUGUUUUCACUCCCAUGGCAUUGGAGGGUCUACAUACACCGUCUUCGACCUCAAAUGGCAGCAUUGCACUCUUCCAUGCCCUAUGCGCGGCAUCUGCCUUCAGUCGAUCACAGCUAUUGCAAAAUGACUCGAAGAUCCUCACGCUAGCCGCAAAGCACUACCAGCUGGCCAUCGUACAUCUCCGUCACAGCUUGAGUGAUCUGACAACGUCUCAGCUGCUCCUCACUGGCACGAAUGAUACUACGAACUCCAAUGCAGAAGUCUCAGUCCUACAGCGGACUUCCAUUCUCGCCACCAUCACCAUGUUCUCCGCAAUGGACAUGAUCACCGGCCGCUUCAGCGAAUGGCGAACCCAUCUCCAGGGCGGGGCCAGCUGGCUCGCAACAGUCAACAGCGCGGUCUGGCAACACGAUCGAUCAAGCAGCAUGGUAUACCAAGGCUACCUGGCGAUCGCAGCAUUAUCCAACAUCAACCUCCCGUCAAACCUCGACGCCGACAACGAAGAUCUCUUCCUAGAUAGCCCGCACUACAUGCUCGACCGAUUCUUCGGGCUCACGCGCCCAAUUCUGCGACACAUCGUCGUCAUGAAUUCUCUCGUGCGCCAGAUCUCCUCCGCCGCCGCAACGGGUGACCAGACCACGGCGUCCGCCGCCGCUGUCGCAUUGAAGCUCGACAGGCUAGAAGCCCAGCUCUACGAGCAGACGCCCGACACACUCGAUCUGUCGGAUCUGACGCCGACGGAAGCGACGUUGGCGCGACACCACGCGUACGUGUUCUACUACGCCAGCCUGGUGUUCUUCGCACGAGCGGUCCGCCGUCUACCGCCCGAGUCGCUGCAGAUCCAGUCCCUCGUCGAGUGUGCGGUGGCGCGGCUCGAGGAGAUUGAGAUGCUUGGCGGAGACGGUGUGGGGUGUACGCUUGUUUGGCCGCCGCUUGUGGUCGCAAGUGAAUGCCUCAGUGAGGAGUUGCAGGGCAGGAUGCUGGCUUGGUAUAGACUUAAGAGGAGACAUGGGUUCAUGAAUCUGGAGAUGAGCAAGGAUAUCGCAAAGGAGUUGUGGCGCAGGAGGAAGGAACUGGCAGAGCAGGGUCUCGCUGGUGUUGUGGACAUUCAGUGGCAGGAUGUUCUGAAAGAUCUGAAUAUGGAUAUUGUUCUUGCUUGA